AAAUUUAAAGCAACUGCUGGACAACUCCCACCCAAAAUUGUUGAGAGUUUUUACUCAGUUGCUCUUGUUAUGGGUAACUUAGAGAGCUACAGAUUAGGUUAAUCUGUCGAGCCAAAAACUAAGAUUAGAAUGUCGAUUAACAGCGAUGAGAGUAUAAACAAUUUAAUUGACAUUGAGAACUGUGAUGAUAUAUCUGAGACCUAUAAGCCAAAAGCGUUUGAGCCCGAGUUAAAUGCUUCAAGUACGUCCACCUUAAGAGAAGGUGAGACACAGGAAAAUAAUCAGUUCUAUAAAUUAGUCAGAACUUCGAUUGAAACAGAUAAGCCAGAUACAGCCAGAAGUUCCACAAAUUCAAUUAAACUAUUCUACGAAGCUGUUAUACCAGAGCCAAUAAAACAUCAUUGCUCUGCAUUUCGAAUUGCUUCUGGGCAAACAGGAAAAAAACAUGAACAACAAUUUGAGUACAGGGAUUGUGAAACUUGUGAUUGUCAAUUUUGUUGCGGUAUAAGUAAUGCAGAUCAAUCAAAAAACAACUCAAAAUUGAUGGCACCAAAAUACGGAGCAAGAGAAACUAACAGUGCUGAGUUCUAUGGCCAGCAGAUGACAAUGCAAAUGGGACCUGAAAUGGAAAUGGGAAUGAAUCCCGGAAUGAAUAAAUAUAGCUGUGAUAUGCCAAGGGUUUCUUAUCUAGACCAGUCAACGAGUGCUGACCAUUUCCAUCAGUCACAAAUGCAGACACAGUCUUUGACAAACGUCAACAACUAUGAGUAUAUGCCACAAGAGGCACAGAUGUCGGGUGCAGAUGGCUAUUUGCAGUCCCAACCGAACAAUUAUUACAUCGAAAGCAGUGCAGAUGUGAAUCCUGGUGCUCCUUGUUCGACUCCUUGUUCUUGCAACUGUCCAUCAAGAGAUUACAAUGAUUACGACCUUGGAGCUCGUCAAAUGCAAGAAGACUCAGCAGCAGCAGUUCAAAGCGAUGACUACGGAAUGCAGGAGACGACAGCUAUUCACCAAUGUCAAGUGGCUCAGAGAAUGCCUCGCGAAGCCAGCUUUCUGGAAUACCGUAACUGUGGCCAAAACACCGAGCAAACCAGUUGCCCAAUAAACGCAGCUGGAAUGCCAUCCUGCAUCAAUAAUUGCGGAUACCCAAGUGAUCCACGUUCUCCCUCAUCCAGACCGUUUCCUUUUACAGAAUGCUGCACAUCCUCCUGCCAGCAGAUGCCUUAUUAUUCCUAUUUUCCCAGCAACUGCGUGCAUGGGGAACACUUUAUCCAAAAUUUGCGAUCAACGCAGCCUGAUUGUUUUCCCAAUUACCAGACAGCUCCUUCGUCGCCGCCCGGCAUGGGCAUGAAUAUGAAUUAUGGUCCCAGUUGUGGUCCCAGUUAUCCACCCAGCUGUGAUCCCUACAGUGCUGGCUACUAUUCCAACUACUCGCCCAGCUAUGGUCCCCCCAAGAACACCAUCUAUGGUGCCGAUGACAAGCUGCAAGCGCAAACCGUUUACAGCACCGAUUUCAAUCCGUUUUCAAGACCCGGCAACAAUCUCAAUCACUUUCCCAGUUAUCAAGCUUCCGGCAGCUGGGGCAGCUUCAAUGACUCCAAUAACUGUGGCACAUACCCAGCUGACUUUGGCAGCUUCAAUUCAGGCGGCAUCUAUAUGCCACCAAUGUGCUACAAUGUCCAGCCCUGUUCUUCGGGUGGCAGCUGCAUGUUGCCACCGGCUGGUUGUGUCUAUGGUACGCCUUGUCCAGCCAAUUACAUGUCGCUGCCGACCACUUACUGUUGCCCACCCAGUCCCGCAACUUGCCACGGUGCCGCACCGUUUCCAGCUCCGAAUACCGCUUCAUACGAAAUGCCUUCAGGCUGCAACCAGCUGUGAUUCAAUAGUCCUCUUGCACCUGUAUAAAAUAUAAAGGAUAAAAGGAUAACGUUUCCACUGGUUGACGAUUAGUUGAAAUUAAAAUUGGAAUAAACUUUAUAAUAAAUUAGAAGCUUCAUACAAACUGUGUAUUGGGCAAGUAACAUUAUAAGAACGGAAUUUAGUUAACAAAAACUGAAUGUCAUCUUGAAAAUA